UUUAUUUUAUUGUUAUUAAUAUUAAAAAGUCCAUGGAAAUUAAUCCAGUAAUUGUGGGCCACCACAUCAAAUUUUGCAUUUUCUUUUCUUAUUCCACACAAACACCACAACGCAGUGAAGAGAACACCCAAUGCCCCCGUCAGACACACCUCCCAAUUUUCAAAAGCUUUCUGACGUGGCAUAGAGUAAAUGGCGAGUAAUAUUGAGAACAGCUGGUGGCAUAUGUACCUGAUACCACGCGCCUUAUUCAAUGGCACCUCUCCCCCCACCGUCGACAAAUCACGGUCAACUUUUGGAACAAUUAACCCAUACAAACGAACCCCACCCUCAACAUACAAAGUAAAACCUCGAAACGCCAUUAACACACUUUACACAAAACCGCCACCAACAUGGUUAUCAGAGCCUUGGCCCCUGCCCCUUCGCCGGUGCACCACCACUUCAGGCGGGGCCCAUCACCCGCUUCCACCGUCGUCACUACAAAUACAAUUACCACUCCCACCCAGUCAUGGUCACCCCCGCCUGACUCCAAACUUCCCGUUGACUUCAGCCCACCUUUGAUAGCCAUGGUAGUAGUGGUCGCCACAGCUUUUCUGGUAAUCACGUACUCUCGCUUGAUUUCUCGUUACCUCAUACGCUUGCUACGCCGCUGGCGAAGGUGGCGUCGCCGUCGUCGCCUGCGUUACCUCCCUUCUUCCAACGACGACUUAGACUCCCCGCCGCCUCUCUUCGACUCGCCUGAAGGCUUUCAUGUGUAUUCCCCUUACGGGCUCGACGUAUCCGUUAUCAAUAGUUUACCUCUUUUCCUCUACACCACCAAAAAUGGCUCCCACAAACUGAGCACUAAUAGUAAAGACUGCGCUGUCUGCUUGCUCGAGUUCGAAGAUAACGAUUACAUCCGUACGCUUCCUGUUUGCUCUCACGCCUUUCACGUGGAUUGUAUCGAUAUCUGGCUAAGGUCUCACGCUAACUGUCCUCUCUGCCGUGCCAGAAUAUUCCGGUCGGAGUCCCCGUUUAUCCCGGUGAUGGCAGCCAGAAUCCGACCGAGCCUCGAUGAUACAAUUCUGCAUAGUAUUAAUCUGGAACCCAUAAUUCAAACUCCACCUCCUUCUCAUGCCAGUACCACAGCAGCAACCACCGUAACGACGAUAACAGAGAUCACUCCCUGUAUUGAGGAACCAUCAUCGAGAAGAAAUAGCAACAAUUUGAACAAUUACAGUCAGUCAGAGGAUCGAUUCAAUGGGCGUGAUUUCUUGUUGAAACGGUCCUACUCCUUUGGGCUUGAACGCAGCUUAGCAUCGGAGAGGAUGUUGGUGAUGGAACCAGCGACAGCGUCACCAUGGCGGUAUCGGAGGGGAAGCUUCUGGAGUAAACGGCCAUCGCCAUUUGGAUCAUUAUCAAAGCAUAGGGUAUUUUCAUUUAGACAUUACAGAGGCAUGAAAUCACCAUUUUUCAGACGAAGGGGAGGAUUCUUCCCAUUGUCAGAGAGAUACCCAACAAGCGGCGGCGGAGGAGGAGGAGGAGGAGGGGGGUCAUCUCGGCGGAGCAAGUCGAUGGCGAGUCCAAUGUUCAUAAGAUCAUCGGUGGCAGCAUUCUCGUCGAGCAGACUAAGGUGUGGGGAUCCGGAGGCGCUGCUGUCACCGGAGAGAUUGAACAGAAGGUAAAGAAAGGACAAAAGGGGAAGACACGUGUAGGGCAGAUGGGUUAAAAGGAAGGGUCGGAGAUGGGAUCGGGGAACGGAGGAGAGUUAAUGAGAAGUAUGAGAGUAGUCUGGCAAUUUGUGUAGAGUCAUUAAUGGGAUGUGGGGAGGACCAUUUAAUGAAAAAUUGACGAGAGAGAACACACACUCUGCUACUUUAGUUUUCAAUUUCCCCACACGUCUCUCUUCCCCUUAAACAAAUAGUUAUUCAUUAAUGAGGAGAGAGGCCUGUGGGAAUAGGGAUAGCUCCUUUCUUUCUUUCUUUUUUCCUCUGUGCUAAGUGCACCGACAGAGGACACACACACAACACGUGGAAGGAGAUUAGUGAGAAUCUUUUUUUCUCAUCCACAGGGUUAGCCUGCUAGACUAUAGAAUAUGAGCUGCUCUGCUCAUGGGCUUUGUUCAAUCACUUCUUUCCUCGCUUUGAUGAGAAAUUAAAAUUUCAUGAUGACCAA